UUUUGCAUUAUCUUCAAUUACGAGCAAGGAUUCGAGCACUGAAAUUCCAGCCAAUUACGUUUCAGUUACACCAUUACGACAGUCAAUCACCACCAAGAGUAAUGUUUGCAAGAUUAUUGGCGGCAACUAUGACUCGACGAGUUUUUACGGAGGAGAAAUCUCUCCUUGCAAGCUUAGUCAGCGAAAACAGUAUGAUAGAAAGUAAAAAGACAGAUGCGGCAUCGAGAGAUCUAAGAAGUGGAAGAAUAUAACCGAGCAGUACAACUCGAGUGCCAUUGUCCAAAAAAGAACACCACUCCAACUACAGACUAGCUGGAAAAAUAUGAAGGUCAAAGCAAGGAAGUAUAUUGACAGUGAAAGACGAUCUCAUGUGAAAACAGGUGGUGGUCCUCCAGAUUUUCAACCUGCCAGUCAGGCAGUAGAGGACAUUCUAGCAGUUUUACCACCAAAGACGUACCAGCCUAUAGACACUGACAUAGGGGACGAUGAACCACUGCCACUUGAUCAAGCAGGGAAAACCUUUGGGAUUAUCCAAGAUGAUGCUGUGAUCAUACAUAAUUAUGAAAUAGUAGAGGAUGACAUGGGGGAAAUAUUGAAUGGCAGAAAAGGGACUUCAUCCAACUUAUUUAACUCCAGGCCACAUUCAAGUCUCGGCACUGAAAAUGAAGUAUCAAGACCUUACUCAGGGUGUAGUAACAGGCAUGAAACUUUCAGACACCAGUAUCAGACUCCCAAGAAGGUGGCAGCAAAGAAUGUUGAGAAGUCUUGUGAGCUAGAUGUACAACUGCUACAUUCUAAGCUUAGAACAGAAAAAUUGGCUCUAGAAUAUUAUGAUUUGAAAAGAGAAAAACAAAAGGAGUUACUUUUUCAAGAAGAAUAAAAAUAUGGGGUCCUUUGUAAUGUUUAAUAUCAUAAAUCAGUGCUUUAUAAAGUUCAUUCUGUAUAUAUUUUUUAAUUUCCAAUGCUUUAAAAUUUAUAUUUUUAAUGACAUUAUGAAACUGCAAAUUUUUCAUAAGAGCCGUGGGAUUUUCUUCGCAAUUUUAAUAUACCUGUAUAGGUUUAUGGCAUAGAGUAUUAUGUACAGUAUCAUAUUACCACAAGACAACUAAUUCAAGUUCAGUAUUUUCUGUGUAAUGUGAAAUUUUGUUAUAUUCAUAUUGGACAAUUAUUCUGGAAGUUAGUGCCUAUUUUCCUGAAUAAAUUGGACAUAAUUUUUUAUUUAUUACCAAGUUCAAUAUAGAAUCCUGUAUUCUAAUAAUACAGUAUAUUGUGCCUUCCAAACAGAAUUCUCAUCACACUUAUAUUGUAUAUUCAUUGGUCAUAUGUUCAUUAUUACUAUGAAUUACCUGUUGCAAUAUUACAGAUUGUUACUUUAUUGCAGAUACUUGUCAAAAGGUUAA